AAGCUCUAUGGAUUUUGGUCGCGUUCGUUUCUUGGCUCGCUCGCUAAUUUCUUUUAGAAAUUAAUAAUGGAUUUGCUAAAAGAUAUUGACAAAAAUGUGACCAACUGAAAACAUAAUUGCUUGUAUUUUACAGGAAUUAUGCAUUUUGUGGUGAACCUGCAGGAUAUUUGAGGAAAACUGGAAGAUUUAAUGGUAAUUCUAACCUGUAAACAAUAGAGCAAUGGCUAAGAAAAAGAAGCCAGCAGGUAAAACUCCGGCGACCCGGCGUACAUCACGUCGCGGCAAGCAAGCCAGCAACGUUGAUGGCGAACCGUCAUCGUCUGCUGAGCCACCGCCUGUUGAUUCAACAGCAGAACCUACUCAAUCUACUAGUAAUGCUAAUGAAGGAAAGUCAGCAUCUCUCAAGCAAUCAACCUUGCCCAUUACUAAGCCAUGCCAAGUACCAAUUGUAGCCUUGCAUAAGAAAUUUGGCAAAUAUCGGUGUUUAUUUAACAAUGAAGAAACUUUAAAGAAAAGUGAAGUUGGUAGUGACAGUGAAACAAGUAGCAGUGUAGAAAUAAAAGUAGUUGAUCCCUGUGCUGGUUCUGAAUCUGAUUCAAAUACAGCACUGGACACACCUUCAGAAACAAAUGUUGUUUUGUGCCCAAGUCCUAGCAAUACAGUCAUUACGGUGCAGAGCCAAAGUAGCUCAGGAAAUGUAUCUCCAAUUUCUUUGUUAGGUGAAAUCCAAACUUCCACUAAAAAUGCAUCAGUAGAUGAUAAUAAUGGACAAAAGGACAAUAAUAUGGAUUCAGAACUAGAAGCAGCCACUAUUCCUGUAAUAGACAUUACUGAAACUGAAUCACUAGAUAAAUGCAUCGAAGAGACACCAAAUGUCUCUGAACAGGUAACUCUGGUGUCUCAAGAUGUUCCGUUGGAGGAAGAACAUAUUGAUCAAGUUGAAUUUGCUGAUGAUGAUGAUGAGGUCAUCACAAUUGUGCAAAUAGUAGAAGAUGACAAUCCAGAAUUAUAUUAUAAUAUCAAGAUGGAUAGUCCAAAAGAUGAAGCUAAUGAAGAAAGUAAAAAGGAUGCUGAAAUUCAGCGUCAUUUUGAAAAACUUAAUCUGGCCAAUACCAGUGAAGCCAAUUCUCUUAUGGAAUUUAAUGACUCAUUGAACUCGAACAACACCCCAUGUAGCACACCUGACUUACAAUUACCUAAGGAACAUUUGGAUGUGCUAGCAAGGCCAGAUCCUAGUAUUACUCCGAGCUCAACAUUAUCAGAUGAUAGCAAUUCAUCAAGGGUUACAGAACAAAAUCAACCUAACUCUAAUGAUUCAGCAGAGUCAUCACCUUCAGGUGUUCGGCGAUCUAGUCGUAUAAAGACAAUUAGCCAUAUGAAACAAAAGACUAAAGGCUAUGGAUUAGUUAAAACUCCUUUGAAGAAAGCUUUGAUAACACAGACUAAACUAAAGUUAGAAGAACUGGGGUCAGAUAGUCAAGAGAAAUCAUCCGAUACUUUAAUGAUAAAUGCUCCAAACUCUCCAUCAUUCCCUAUACCUUCUGAUAUGCCUGUUAAAGUGAAGUCUCGGUGGAGGAGAUCAAGUGAAUUAGAAAUGGGAGCUGGCUCACCUGCUAACUCACCACUAGCUAGUCCUAGUUUACCAAACCGGAUGCCUCCGUUAGCUGAAAUGAAUAACACAGAGGAUGAUAUUCGUCCACUGUCUAAGGAGGCUUAUGACAAGAUAAUAGAUGAUCGAAUGAAGCAAUAUGAACAUUUGGAAGAAAAUGAAUAUUUAUGUGAUAGAAUGAUUAGUAAGGAAACGAAGAAAAUGACAUGUGACUGUUUUAUGACCAAAGAAGAACUUGAAAGAGGUGAAUUAGCUUGUGGAGAAGACUGUUUAAAUAGAUUACUCAUGAUAGAAUGUAACUCAAGAUGCCCCGUUGGUGAUAGAUGCACAAACAGAAGAUUCCAAAAAAGAGAAAAUGCAUCUUUAAAGGUUUUUUAUGCAGAUAAAAAAGGUUGCGGCGUGGAAGCUGCAUUAGAUAUAUCAAUAGGUGAAUUUUUAAUGGAAUAUGUAGGAGAAGUAUUAGAUUAUGAGCAGUUUUACAAAAGAGCUCAGGAGUAUUCAGAUGAAAACAACUUGCACCACUACUUCAUGUCUCUAAAGGGAGACACAGUCAUUGAUGCAACUAUGAAAGGCAACAUAUCUCGUUUCAUCAACCACUCAUGUGACCCAAAUGCAGAGACUCAGAAAUGGACAGUCAAUGGAGAGCUUAGAAUAGGCUUCUUUAGCAAAAGGGACAUUCCUGCAGGAGAGGAAAUUACUUUUGAUUACCAGUUUCAGAGAUUUGGAAAAGUGGCACAGAGAUGCUAUUGCGGUGCUAGUAAUUGCCGUGGCUGGAUUGGUGCUGAACCUGAUUCCGAUGACGAGGAGGAAGAAGAAGAGGACGUAUCAACAUCUAAGACUGUCGAAGAGAGCGCAGAAAGCCGACCCGCGACGGACGAGCCGCGUCCGCGACCCCGCCCGCGCGAACGCAAGUACAAACCGAAGGCCAAUGACCUCGUGCAAGACGCUGAUUUGGAAGAAGACCUGGAGGCGCUCAGUCGCACCGGAGUCAAGAACCAAAGUCACACGCUGCGUUUGUCGCGUACCGUGGUUCGGGCCAAGACUCGCCGCGCGCAGACAGCCUUACUGCGACUGUUGCGCGACGCCGACCUGCCUUGCCGCCGCCUGUUCCUCGACUACCGCGGCCUCAGGCUGCUGGCGCCCUGGUGUAGCGACGCGCCCAACGACUUCAGAUGGGAGAUGCUACAGACGGUGGAUCGGUUGCCGAUAACGAACAAGACUAUGGUGCAGGAGAGCCGCUUCUUUACCAUAGUGGAGCGGUGGCUCAGUACCGCAGACAACAUUGCCGACUUGACGCUCAUAGACGAAGGUACCGGUUUACCUGUAGAAUCGGCUAACAGAACUGCCCAAGACGCUGCCAUGGAGAAGAAUAAAGAAAUCUCACUGAAAGUAAAGGAACUGUCGAGCCAGUUGCUUGAGCGGUGGUCUAGCCUUAAGGAAGUCUUCAAAAUUCCCAAAAAAGAGCGUAUACAGCAAAUGAAAGAACACGAACGGCAAGCAAAUGUCGAAAGGCGAGCCGCUGAUUCUAGCGGCUCUAGAGAAAGGGAGCGCGAGAGAGACAGAAGAGAAGAGAGGGACAGACGGGAAGAAAGAGAUAGAAGAGAAGAGAGAGAUCGGCGCGAAGAGAGGGAGAAGGAGAGAGAGAGGGAAAGGGAACGGGAGAGAGAACGCGAACGCGAGAGGGAAAGGGACCGCGAAAGGGAUAGGUAUAGAGAUCGCGAUAGAGACGACAGAGAUAGGAGGAAAAGGCGUGGCAGCAGCCCCGAAGGCAGAAGAAGUAUAAGGUUAAGUGAACGCGUUUUGGCAUCAGUACCACCAAUGAGCAAGGAGGAGAGACGGCGAGCGUUCGCCGAAGCGGCCGCCGCCGCCGACGAGAAUCGAACCCGGGCCUGUGAGCAACCGUGCUGGCCGCAAUACUGGCCUAACCAAGAAGGAUUCCCACACCAGGUACAGAACAUGCAAAUGUUCCCUGGCGCUAUGAUGCCGGGCCCGGGCGGCAUGGGGCCGAUGCCUGGAGUGGGGGGAGUGCCCCCCUGCGACGGCGAGUGGGGGGGAGAGUUCCCCCAGCAGUUCUGUCCGCCGUUCUCGCAGCCCUUCUGUAUGCCGCAAGCUAAUAUGAUGGGAAUGGGCGGAUUCGGCAUGGGCGGCUUCAUGUUCGGCCAGCAGAUGCCGCAGUUUGCGCCGCAAGCGCAGCCGCAGCUGAUGGACCCAUCGCUACCACCACCAGGAAUGAUGAUGCCCGACCAGAUGCCCAACACAUCAAUGCCCCCAACUGGGGUAGCUCCUACCCCUGGAACUAGCGAAGGACAGGAAACGCUUCUCCCUUCCAUGUGGCGAUCGGCUAAAGACGAGAAGGGCCGCACUUAUUACUACCACGUAAAGCUAAGACAGCCUCAAUGGGCACCGCCUACACCACCGCCACCACCUUCACCUGAUGAGAGUUCUUCUGAGGAAGAGGACGAGCCCAUGUCGGCGAUAGACACGGCCAUAGUCCGGCGGCAGAUGACGGGCAAGCUGGUGGAAGGCGUUAAUGGCAUUUACGAAGUGAUAAAAGAAGAAUCUCACAAUGGUUUGAUUCCGGACCACGCUCUACUUACAAUGAAACCGAGAAAACGACGACCUGGGCUUGUUUCAGAGAGACCUAUUAGUCCGCGAACUGAAGAAGACAAACUAGCUGGCCGUAUGGAAGUGAAGCGGUAUCGUCAGACAAAGGAGAAAUUGCGCCGGCGUCGGGAGCGACUCUUGCAGCGAGUGAAACUUUUGGCCGCACGGAGAGCUAACAACGUGCCUACGCACGAUCUCAAGUUGGUCGAUUUAGAAGAGACGGACUCCGAAAGCGACGCCGAUUCCGAGGAAGCGGUUCCACUAGAGAAGGCCCCGGUCGCACGUUCUCCCUCUCCGCCUGUAGUAGUGGUGGAACCGCAACCUCCCCCGCCUUUGGACGAGGAUGCCAUCCGCCGCAUCAAGGAACAAUUCCGAAGCAAUAUGGCCAGGGUUAUGGUCCACCAUCUGAACCCUUACAGGCAUUCUGAAGCGCGCGCCGGCAGAAUUACUUGUACUGCGGAUUUCAAGCAUUUAGCUAGAAAGCUUACACACUUCGUGAUGCUGAAAGAGUUGAAGCACUGUCGCACCGUAGAAGAGCUCAUAGUGACAGACUCUGUUCGGUCAAAAGCCAAGAUGUUCGUGCGGAAGUAUAUGGCGAAAUUCGGCCCGGUGUACAAGCGACCGCCCGAAGAGGCCGAUUAGCAGGAAAUGAGGCGAUUUCGCCUUUCGUUACUCAACACUAAAAUGAGUGAAGCGAGUAAACGAACCCGGAACGCCAAGAAGUGAGGUGGAACGUAGUGAAAACAGAUUGGGAAUUACUACUUAGUGCCAGUGAGAGGAACUAGAAAUGCCUUAGUCGAUUGACUGUGUUCAAGCCUUGAUUAGUGACAAAGAAACCUGCCCCCGUAGCAUGACCACCGCGAUACCAUAUAUAACGCGUUUAUAUCACGCUAAAUUGUCAAAUUACUAUGGAGUUUGACAGUUAGACAUGAUAGAAAACGUGAUACAAUGUAAAUUGUAGUGCUCAUGCUACGGGGACCGGAGUGAAAAACGUGGUAAUAGAGGUAAAAUAUUCUUCAACUUUUCAAAUGAAAUUACUAUCAAUAAGAUAAUACAAGCAAAUAUCAAUAUGAAAACAUAUAAGUUAAUGCAUGAUAUGGUCUGAUAAAAACUUUGAACAAGCCUGGCCUGGUGAGAAAGACAUUUGGUUAUGUAAAAAUGUAACUGUGUUCUCAAUAAUUUCUAUUCUGCAAGCAGGAUAGGAUAUAUUUUUAUAUAUCAGACAUGAAGUUAUCGAAAAGAUCCUUCUUAUAGAUUCAUAGUGUGACUAAUCUAUGGAAUUAACUGUCAAAGCAUUCACAUGUUGUAAUAUUAUCAUACUAAAAGAAAUAAUUUUGCUGAACUGAGUUUGAUAAUGUUCAAUAAAUUUAAAUAUAACUUUUUUCCAUUUAUGUAGAUAACCAAACGGAUUGUGAGCAAUUUGGUGAUAAUCGAUAUUAAAAGAUUUUUAAUAUGAUUUGAAAAUAGUUUAAAAAGUACAAUAUAAAAACAUGACCAACUAUGUUUAGUAGGACAUGUGGAUGUUUCCUACAUUUUUCAUAAGGGAUCGUCUAUUUAUCAAGUGAGUCUCUGAAGAGGGGAGGGAUUCCCAAGGAGGAGGAGUUAAAACCAUCAUGUGAUUAACCCCUGGUCUGUGUAGCACUCCACUUUGUUUUUUACGGAAGGAAAAAAAACGGACGAUUUUUCUCUUAUUAUGCGAGUUCUUCUGUACAUCCAGGCUUCAUUUAUGGCUUAACUCAAUCCUGAUUAGUUUCUCUACCAACUUAUUUAUAUAUAAGAUGUCUAAAUGAAAAACCCAUUACUAAAUAUGAUAAAACGCAAACUAUGAUAAAUUAAAUAUGAAAAUAAAUUUCUCAACUCAUGGCAGAAAUAAUCCACUAACACAGACGAACGGUUAAUGGACAAGUCCUAAAUAACAUUUGCGAUUUUUGCUCAUUGCUUUAUUGCUGGUCAGUUUUAUGAACUAAAUAUAUUUCCAUUACUAUACUGUUAUUUUUUUGUAUAUAUUUUACCAAAAUAAAGAAAGCAAUAAGUAUUUGUGAUUAUGAUUAAUAAUAGUUUUCAUCUAUAAAAUAAAGAAAAAGAUUUUUUUGAUUUGUUCAUGUAAUAUUUUAUAUUGUUUACAUUCAUAACAAGCACAACCAUUGUUCUCUGUGCAUUGCAAGAGCAUUAAAAAUAGGGUUACAAUUAAACCAGAUGAAUUUUUAGACUUUUAUCUAAAGUUUGUCCACAUUCAUCAUUUGAUUGAAGUUUCUUAAGGGCAUCCCUGCCAAUAACGCAUUACCUGUAGGCCUAUUCGCCAACUGCUUUGGACAGCUUUUGAAAAACAUUGAUGGAUAUUUCUCCCUUUAGUUACACUGUAAAUGUCCAAAAAGUUAUCGAAUAGGCUGCCUGAGCUGUCAUAAUAAUGUCAUCUUUAACAUAUUUUCUACAUAUACUAUCCAUAGAGGUAUAAGAAUAGAGUAGGCGAGCUAUAGACUUUACUACAAGUGGAAGUGUCAUGCGCAUUGGCAACCGUAAACAUCAUACUAUUUCGAUCUGAUGCCAUUGGAUGCCAUGCGUCACAAGAGAGAAGGAUAGCUAGCCGUCUCUCAUCUUCUUUCUCUUUCUAAUAGACGGACACUUUAAGAACCGCUUUCCCCACUCUAUUCUUAUACCUCUAUGAUACUAUAACUCUUGCCUUUCUUACUUUCUUGAAAGCUAAAUGUUUUCAAUAAUUUUUACCUCCAGCAAGCAUUUCUUGUAUAGGUACCUUAAUUUAUUUCUCAUCUCAUUAUAUUACAAAUCAUGAAGUGUUAGUUUUUCUUCUCUGUUUUCAAAAGUAGCCAAUACGAUUAGUUGGCGUUAUUCAAUUAUAGUUGCAAUUGUUGACUACAGAUUGCAAAGCAUGUGUUCAGUCUGAAAGUCAUAAACAUAAAGAUUCCUUCGAAAUUAUGAUUAAGUUAUUUAAUUGAUGUGUAAAUAUAGUAAUAUAAGUUGUAAUAAUUAGUUUUAUACUCAAAGAAGUCCUCAGUCAGUCAGAAGUAGGAAUGUAUGAUUGAUUUAUUAUUAAGAAUUAAGAAAGAAUAGAGAUAUUGAAAUAUAUUAUUAAAGUCUUGUAUUUUUGUUGUUGUAAAAUAUUACCUAUAUGUCGAUGUAUACGAUCUCAUGGCAUUAGAGGUUAUACAACUUCCUCAUUUAUAUUUAAAAGCCUCGAAUAAUGUAUUUUUAUUAAAAUGAGUUUUAUUUAGAACAGUAUUACAUGCUUGUAAGCUAACAAUUUAACUUGAUAUAGAAUAUUGACAAUGCGACAGUCACAUUGUUAAUAUUCUUAUUAAGUUCACUUAUGGUAAAACACAGGAGUAACGAGUAGGAACAUUAUAUGGGAUACUUGAACUAGCAAGAAUGUCUAUCUUUUAUCGAUUUGAUUUUUAAUGAGACUAAAGUAUCGAAUCAUCAAAAUUGUUGGUUCAUAAAUGUUUGAAAUUUUGAAAGAAGUGAUAUGCAAAUUAGUGUUUAUAAUAUGACUGACUUGCGUUACCAAGUAUAUAGCUAUUUUUGUGUCAAUUCGGUAUUCUAAAUGUUUCUCAGAGAUAGUAUCAUAAAUAUUAUAGACUUAAAGGUUUAACUUACGCUGGCGCGGAGUCGUAGCGAUGCGUCAUGGUUAACCGUGUUUCGCAUGUAGCAAAAUCGUCUCUAUUUUCCCAAUAUUAAGGUUUUCCCACUAUAAUAAUAAUCAAUAAUCAAUAAUCAAAAUCAUUUAUUCAGUUUAGGCUGUUACAAGCACAUAUGAAUGUCUAGAAGCUACGCCAUCGGUUCGUAAAUCUACGGCGGGAGACCUUGUACUGAGAAGAACCGGCAAGAAACUCAGCAAGGGCUGUUUUUUUCUCCCUGUUUUAUCAUUUACAGAGUCGUCAGGUUGAAAAAUGACUUCAGAGAUGAUUCAUGAAGUCACCCUUCAUUACAUAAUGUGAAAUUAUACAUUAAUUGUACACCUGCAUUUUGAUUGCUGUGUCACACAGUAUAAAUACAAACAGAGUUAUUUAUAAUAGGUGUAAUUAAACAUUUACAUCUUAAAUAUCAAAGUAGUUAGGGCAGACUCAUCUCCGCUGGCAGCACCCGUUCACGAGCAUGACGCAUGAACCAGCCAUCGCUUCGCUCAACCAUAUUUUAGGGAACGUAACGACCCGCCUCACACGACACCACCGAAGAAACUUUUAAGAGAGCAUGACUUAUUAGACGCGCGUCUUCUUAAUACCAGGUUCAUGUUUUUUGCCCGUAGCAAAUCAUCUCUAUAUUUAUGUUUUUAUUUUUUAAGCAUUAACAUAACAAUAAUUGCUAUUUAUUCUUUCAAAUGUUUAAUACUUGUAAAAGUAUUUCAUUUGACAUUUUGGGUUACCUACAAUGCGAAGAGACGGCGCUGCCUUGCAGCCUAAGGCUAGAGAAAAUUGGACACGGUAGCAUAAUCAGUGCAUUCGGAUAGCGAAGGGUGAAAAUUGGCCGCGGUAGCAUAAUCAGUGCAUUCGGAUAGCGAAGGGUGCGGGUUCGAAUCCCGUCUGCGGCCUGGUCCGCGUGGAUUUUUUUCUAGUAAAUUUUUCUUUAGAUUUAAUCAUCUCUAUUUUCUUACUGGUAAGGUAGGUUUUCCCGAGGCGAAAAACAUGACGCUUGGACUUUGCGCUAGUUUGAGUUAAGCCCAAUAGUGUUGGGGAUUCUAUUAUUUAUUAAUGGCUAGUGCAUACUUGCAGAUGAGUAUUUAAAAUUUACAACAGUAAUUUCUUAUCAUAUAAAGAAAACUAGUUGGGGUUUUAAUGAGUUUCGUCAUUUCUUGAUAUAAUUUUACAUUGGCAAAUUAAAAAUGACCUACCCUGCCGCUGGUAUAAGCUAGCCUUUUAUUUAUUAUUUUUUGACACUUAUUCAACAGAAACUAAAGUGGCAAUUUAAAAAUAAUUAACUAAAUUAAAAUAAACCCUACCGAACGUUUGUUUGUGUGUAAAUAAUGUUGUACAUAGUGCAGAAUAUUGUGUUCUGGUUGACAUAGUGAAUAUUUUAUUUUUUAUCUGUAGAGUAGUUACAUUUAUGAUGACGAUGAUACGGUUUUUUGGCAUCAAAACUAUUUCCCGAUUAUUAUUGUGAUUUCAUGAAGGAUGUGAAUGAAGCCGUUGGAACAAAUAAAAAGUUGAUUAUUUUACAAACUACUUUGUAUUUUUUUUUAUUCUUAUAAAUAAUACAGAAGAAUUGCUGAGGUUUAAAAGUUAUUACAA